UUGAUCAGUGUGUGUUUACUUAGAGAGCCGAGCGGUGUCGUCUCCUCGUUCACAGUCAGUCAUAACACAUAACCAUGCUUCCUGUGGUAAAACGGAUGAGUGCACUCACUUUGCACUGCUUUCUACUCUCUGUUCCUUUGGGCUUGGUGCUGUUAAGUGAAGUUGCCGUCACGACAGCGAGCGAUGAGGAGGCUGGUGUUCGUGAAGCUCGGUCAGCAGGCGACCAGGUGGUAGUUCAUCCAGUGGACUGUGUUUUAUCAGAGUGGAGCUCCUGGUCCCGCUGUGACACGUGUCAGAAAAAAAGAUAUCGCUAUGCUAAACUGGACCAGCCGUCCCAGUUUGGAGGUCAACCGUGCAAUUUUCAUGGCAGAGAGGAGGAGGCGUGUGACGUUCCAGCACGCUACACAUGUGACAAUGUUCCUUUGUGUGAGGGAUUCCUCUGCGCCCAAACAGGUCGCUGUAUUCACAGAACUCUGCAGUGUAGCGGGGAGGAUGACUGUGGGGACAUGUCGGAUGAAGCCGGCUGUAAGAAGGUUUCAAAGCCCUGCAGGGAGGAGGUUGAAGAGUAUUGGGGAAUCGAAAAUCUCGCCAAAGGCAUCAACAUCUUGAACAGUAACCUGGAGGGAGUGGUGCUUGAUAACAGAUAUUACGCUGGCAGCUGCUUGCCACAGUACAUCCAGGAUGUCAGAUACAGGAAGCCCUACAACCUGCAACAGUACACUACGCAGACGAAAGGCUCGUAUGAUUUCUCCAUGGAGGCUUUCGAAUCAUACUCUUUAUACAUGAACCACAUCAUAAAGGAGCGCCAUACCCAAACCUCAAUUUCCAUUGGCUUUUCCAUUCCAGGCGUGGCUGAAUUUGGCUUCAACUACAAUAGUGCCAAAUACACCAAGAAAGAACAGAUCAUUCGCCGAGCUUCUGGCAUUACUAAAAGCUUUGUCAGGGCCAAAGCACAAGUGGAGAUGGCUCAGUACAUGUUGAAAGCAGAUGAUUUGGUGCUUCACCCUGAGUUCCUGCAGCGCCUGCGCUCCCUGCCACAGGCCUAUGUUUAUGGGGAGUACAGACAGAUCUACAGGGACUACGGCACCCACUACAUCACAGAGGCAGGCCUCGGAGGAGACUAUGAUUUCACCAUCAUUCUGAACAAGGAGAAGCUCGAGAAGUCAGAUUAUACUUUGGACGACUACAAAAAGUGUACUUCGGCAGGCCUCAAGGUGGGGGCCAACAUAUAUGGCGUUUAUGUGUCAGCGGGAGUUCACGGUGGAUCCUGUAAUGGCCUGUUGAAUGAGAUGGGAGAGAACACAGCUCAUGGCAGCAUGGUGGAGGACUUUGUUUCUGUUGUAAAGGGUGGAAGUAGUGAAUCCAUCUCUGCUUUGGUGGCCAAAAGGCUUCCCACUUCCCAGCUGAUGCAGCUCUGGGGCGAAGGCGUGAAGUUUAACCCUGACUUUAUUCGUACAACAACUAAGCCUAUUUAUGAGCUGGUGAACUCCAGAGACUUCACCCAGUAUGCCACCCUGAAGAGAAACCUGAAGAGAGCGCUGUCCGAGCACCUGGCAGAGACGAGUCCGUGUCGAUGUGCUCCAUGCAAAAACAAUGGAGUGGCCGUUUUGAAAGGCACAAGGUGUGACUGUGUGUGUCCUCUUGGCUACUCUGGACGGGGCUGUGAGAUCACUCAAAGGCGAACAGAUGUAGGCAUUGACGGCAGCUGGACCUGCUGGGGUGCGUGGUCAUCCUGCAGCGGAACAACAAAGACGAGGAGCAGACAGUGUAGCAACCCAGCACCCAGCAAUGGAGGCCUGCCAUGCAGAGGACUGCAGCAGGAGUCGACUGAAUGCUGAUUCUGCUCGACAGCCCUGAUGUCAACCCUGACACAAAGAUUUAUAAUUAAAAAAAACCUUGAAAAUAG